UCAACAGGAGCAGCUCCUCUCUGCCAGUUUUUCCUUUUGCUUCCCAGUUUCUCUCUUUGGAGUGGGGUGCCCCAUUGGAGGGGACCCCAGACAUCUCCACCAAAUCCUCCUUUCCCCUCCCACUUUCAUUGAUUUGGAGCGGAUCCUUCCCUUCUUUUCUCCUGAAGAGCCCCAUGCCAAGAAUAUUCUUGCUCUCCUAGAAAACAUGGCGGAGCGUCCAGUUGGCUUUGGGAAGGUGGUUCUUUUCCGUCAAGGAGCACCGGAGGGACUUACCUACCGCAUCCCAGCAUUGCUGUACCUGCCAUUUGAAUCUGCUUUCCUGGCCUUUGCAGAAGAGCGUUCAUCACCCAGAGAUGAAGAUGCCAGGUUUUUAGUGAUGCGUCGAGGGCAAAAGGAAGGAGCAUCUGUCCAGUGGGGUCCACAGGAAUCUCUGACAAUAGCCACAUUGCCCGGACACCGCACCAUGAACCCUUGCCCACUGUACGAGAGGAACAGUCGCACCAUUUUCCUGUUCUUUAUUUGCGUCCAGACCGAAGUUACGGAGUAUCAACAGAUCAGUAAAGGGAAAAACGCUGCCAGGUUGUGUUAUGUCUCGAGCCAAGAUGGUGGCCGGACAUGGAGCCAAACCACUGACCUGACCGAGAAGGCCAUCACGGGUAACUUGAGAAAAUGGGCCACCUUCGCCGUUGGACCUGGCCAUGGCAUCCAGUUGAGCUCUGGGCGGCUGGUGGUUCCGGCUUAUACCUACUAUAUCCACAAGCGUUGUUUUGGGUAUCCGCUCAACUGUUGGACGAAACCACAUUCUUUCAUCUUCUACAGCGACGACGGCGGACGGAAUUGGACCCAGGGCCGGCUUCUCAAGGCCUUUCGGACAUCUGAGUGCCAAGUUGCCGAACUGACCAGCCAGGAUAAUAGUCCGGUGUUAUACUGUAACUCCCGCAGCCCUGACAAGUACCGAGCCGAAGCCUUCAGCACAGAUGAUGGAGAACUCUUUGAUGAAUCCUUUCUCUCCAAAGAGUUAUGUGAGCCUCCAAAUGGCUGCCAGGGCAGCGUGGUGAGUUUUUCGCCGACGGUGGAGCCCGGCGUCCGUUCCUCCUCAGCCUCCUACAAGAAGAAGAAGCCAUGGCUGAUGUUCUCCCACCCCACAAGCAGCCACAGACGUGUGGACCUGGGCAUCUACUUGAAUAUGUCUCCCUUGGAGAAGGGUUCCUGGAAUGCUCCUUGGGUGCUGAACGAAGGGCCCAGCGGAUAUUCGGACCUGGCUGUGUGUAUGGAAGGGAAGUCCCUGCUAUUCGGUUGCUUGUUUGAAUGUGGGGCAGCCCAUUCCUAUGAAGAAAUUGCCUUCCAGCUCUUCACCGAGGCUGAGCUCCUGCGGGGAGGCCGGGUUUGA